ACUCACACACACACACACGCUGAGAGAGAGGAAGGUGAGGCUGAGCUUUCCUUGCGCACCUCUGGAUCGGACCCGCAGAACCCGCAGGACCCGCAGGAGGGAACCUUCCUCCACCCGCAGCUCUGCGUCAAAGGUUCCUCAAGCUGACCUGUGACCCUCCUGUUACCUUUGACUUGUGACCAUGGCGGUCCGUGAAAUUCUUCGGUUUGGGUCAGACAGUCACAGGGAUCCGGAUCCGGCAGCAGCGCUUUAAGGUUCGGUCCAGAAGCUCUUUUCUUCUCCUCCUGUACGUCUGUGUCUGUGAGCCGCCGCCCAGCAUGCGUCCGUCCCUCGCCACCGCGGUCCUCCCACCCAGGACCCGCUCCCACAAUCCCCCCAACCUGUCGGUGGGAGGCCGUGAACACCUGUCGGCCCCCCGCCGGCGCAGCCCUCACCUGCGCCACACGCUGAGCCCGGAGAACCUGCGGACGCUGGCGGAGCGCGGCGGGGCGGCCGUGGACGCCGCCUCCGUCAUAGGGCCGGUCGGGCUCACGAGGGCCAACAGCGACACCGACCUGGUGACCUCGCAGAGCCGCUCCUCGCUCACGGCGUCCACGCUGGAGUACACGCUGAACCGCGCAAACCUGGUCAUCACCUGGGACAUCAAGGAGGAGGUGGACGCCACCGACUGGAUCGGGCUGUACCACAUCGAUGAGACCAGUCCGUCCAACGUGUGGGACUGCAAGAACCGAGGCGUCAACGGGACCCAGAGGGGCCAGAUCGUCUGGAGGCUGGAGCCCGGACCCUACUUCAUGGAGCCGGAGACCAGGAUCUGCUUCAAGUAUUACCACGGAGUGAGCGGAGCCCUGAGGGCCACCACGCCCUGCAUCACUGUGAAGAACCCGGCGGUUCUGGUGGAAGGUCUGGCAGAGCAGGUCGGCGUUGAACAUCCACGGAAACUCAUCAGCUUCACGCUGACCGACCUGCGCUCCACCGGCUUGAAGAAAGGCAUGUUUUUCAAUCCGGACCCGUAUCUGAAGAUGUCCAUCCAUCCUGGGAAGAGAAACAUCUUCCCGGUCUUCAGCCACCACGGACAGGAACGCCGGUCGGCCAUUAUCGCCAACACCACCAACCCCGUCUGGCACGGCGAGAAAUACACGUUUGUGGCGCUGAUGACGGACAUCCUGUACAUCGAGGUCAAGGACAAGUUUGCUAAAAGUCGUCCAAUCAUCAAGCGUUUCCUGGGUCAGCUGGCGAUUCCUGUGCAGCGGCUCAUCGAGAAGAUUCCAGGGGUCCAGCCGGUCAGCUUCCCGUUGUGCCGCCGCCUGCCCACCGAACACGUCAGCGGCCAGCUGCAGUUCCGGGUGGAGCUGACGUCCACGGGGCCCGAUGGCGCCUCGCCAGACUCCAUCAUCGGCCUGUCACCGCUGAACGGCGCCCCGGGGACGCCGUCAGACGACGAGGACCUUCCCCACACGUUGCCAGGCGUACUGUCCGCCGGCCUCUCCCCCGGCCCUCAGGGGCCCCACGGCCUGUGGGAAGGCGGGGCCGCCGCUCUGCCGGAGAAAGAGCUGCCCGCCGUGCGUCCGGCGCGCUUCGUGGAGGUGGCGGCGGUUUGUGAGCGCUCCAUCUUCCAGCGGUCGCUGAGCGAGGGUCUGGACGCCAUCGAGGCCCCGAAGGGCCCCGGUGAGAGGCCCCUGGGCGCCGCCUCACCCAGGCUGUGCUCCAGCUUCCCCACGCACACCCGGCUCAGCGACAUCCUGCACAUCGACUCCGACGAGGACGAGGAGCGCUCUGCCGUCAACGAGCUGCCGCCCCUUCCGCUGUCGCCGCUGCUGCUGAACGGAGAGCCUCCUGAUGGCGGCGGCGGCCCCGACGAUGACGACCUGUUCCUGGUGGAACCGGAGCUCUCGCUGCAGGGGGCGGAGGGGGGGCCUGGGGACGCCCUGGGCGCAGAGCCGGAUCUGGAGCCGGACGACGGUUUGGAGCCGGAGGUUUUCCUGGAGGUGGAGGAGGAGCACAUUGUUACCCAUGAUGCUUUGCCAGAGGCUGUGGAGGCUCUGGAACUGGAGGGGGCGCCGGGCGAAGACCCUACGUCAGAGAUGGAUUCCUUCUCCAUGGCAACAGCACCUCAGACCGCCGGCUCCUCCUCCGACAGUGGAGCGGUUACCAUGGCAACCGCUGUGGAAGCUGAUGAAGGAGCGGCGACGACCAUCGACCCGGGAGGAGACGGGGAGCCCGGCCCGCCGCCGACCUCCCCACCGAGGGAUGAUGAUGAGGAUGAGGAUGAGGAGGCAGGAGGAAGACCGGCGGCCUCCGAGGCCGAAGCUGAUCCUCCGGCCGCCAGCGAGCCGCCGCAGGAGGAGGAGGGCGUCGCCGUGAGGAGGCGGAGCCUGCAGGCUGUGGGCGGCGGUGAUGACGGACAGGAAGUGGCGGAGACCAAGACUCGGGAGGAGGGGGGGUCUGCGGAUACCACGGAAACAGACAGGGAGGAAGACACUCCGGUUAACGGCCAUCCGGUCCGAUCGCUGCCCUCGGUGCGCCACGACAUCCACCGAUACCAGAGGGUGGACGAGCCGCUGCCCCCAGUGAGUGUGUACUGGGAGGCUCGGAUCGACAGCCACGGCCGGAUCUUCUUCGUGGAUCAUGUGAACAGGACGACCACGUGGCAGCGGCCCACCGGACCGCCCGCCCCGCAGGGCAUGACCCGCUCCAACUCCAUCCAGCAGAUGGAGCAGCUCAACCGCAGAUACCAGAGCAUCAGGAGGACCAUAACCAGCAACGAGCGUCCAGAGGAAUCCUCCGCUGAGCUGCCGGAGCCGGAGGGCGAGCUGAUGCCUCACUCCAUCUCCGAAUAUCGCAGAGAAAGCGCGGUGGCUCACUCCAGCAGCCGUUCACGCCUCUCCCUCCUGCUGCAGUCGCCCAGCGCCAAGUUCCUGUGCAGCCCAGAUUUCUUCACCGUGCUGCAUUCAAACCCUAGUGCCUACCGCAUGUUUACGAGCAACACUUGUCUGAAGCACAUGAUCAGCAAGGUGCGGCGGGACGCUCACUACUUUGAGCGCUACCAACACAACCGCGACCUCGUGACCUUCCUCAAUAUGUUCGCCAACAAGCAGCUGGAGCUCCCCCGCGGCUGGGAGAUGAAGCACGACCACACUGGGAAGCCUUUCUUUGUGGAUCACAACUGUCGGUCGACGACCUUCAUCGACCCCCGGCUGCCGCUGCAGAGCUCGCGCUCCACCGGGUUGCUGGCCCACCGCCAGCACCUGAGCCGCCAACGGAGCCACAGCGCCGGGGAGGUGGUGGAUGACUCACGGCAGAGCGGCCUGCCCGCCAUGCCCCGGCCCUCCAGCACCUUCAGCGGGUCCAGCCGCAGCCCGUAUCACGACGUGGUUCCUGUGGCUUACAACGACAAGAUAGUGGCUUUUCUACGCCAACCCAACAUCUUUGAGGUCCUGCAGGAGCGGCAGCCCGAGUUAGCCAGGAACCACUCCCUAAAGGAGAAGGUUCAGUUCAUCCGCAGCGAGGGCGUCAACGGACUCGCCCGUCUGUCCAGCGACGCCGACCUCGUCAUGCUGCUCAGCCUGUUUGAGGAGGAAGUGAUGUCAUACGUGCCGCCGUUGCUCCACCCAGGUUACAGCCUGUCUUCUCCUCAGAGCUCUCCAGGAACGCCGCGCGCCAACGCGCGAGCGCCCGCUCCGUACAAGAGAGACUUUGAGGCGAAACUGAGGAACUUCUACCGGAAGCUGGAGACGAAGGGCUACGGCCAGGGACCGGGGAAAGUCAAGCUCAUCAUCCGCAGAGAUCACCUGCUGGAAGACGCCUUCAACCAGAUCAUGUGUUAUUCCCGUAAAGACCUGCAGAGGAGUAAACUCUACGUCAGCUUCGUCGGCGAGGACGGGCUGGACUACAGCGGGCCGUCCAGAGAGUUCUUCUUCCUGGUGUCCAGAGAGCUCUUCAACCCGUACUACGGUUUAUUCGAGUAUUCGGCCAAUGACACGUACACGGUCCAGAUCAGCCCCAUGUCCGCCUUCGUGGACAACCACCACGAAUGGUUUCGGUUCAGCGGGCGGAUUCUGGGUCUGGCUCUGGUUCAUCAGUACCUGCUGGACGCGUUCUUCACUCGCCCGUUCUAUAAAGGCCUUCUGCGCAUCCCGUGUGACCUCAGCGACCUCGAGUUCCUGGAUGAGGAGUUCCACCAGAGCCUGCAGUGGAUGAAGGACAACGACAUUGAGGACAUGCUGGACCUCACCUUCACCGUCAAUGAGGAAGUCUUCGGACAGAUCACAGAGAGAGAGCUGAAGCCCGGCGGGGCGGGAAUCCCCGUGUCCGAGAAGAACAAGAAGGAAUACAUCGAGCGCAUGGUGAAGUGGCGCAUCGAGCGCGGCGUGGCGCAGCAGACCGAGAGCCUGGUCCGAGGCUUUUAUGAGGUGGUGGAUGUGCGCUUGGUGUCGGUGUUUGACGCCCGGGAGCUGGAGCUGGUCAUCGCAGGAACAGCGGAGAUCGAUCUGACUGACUGGAGGAACAACACAGAGUACAGAGGAGGUUACCAUGACAACCACAUGGUGGUCCGCUGGUUCUGGGCGGCUGUGGACCGGUUCAACAACGAGCAGAGGCUGCGGCUGCUGCAGUUCGUGACGGGAACGUCGAGCGUUUACGAAGGCUUCGCCUCGCUGCGCGGAAGCAACGGACCGCGCAGGUUCUGCGUGGAGAAAUGGGGGAAGAUCACGUCUUUACCCAGGGCUCAUACCUGCUUCAACCGGCUGGACCUGCCUCCCUACCCGUCUUUCUCCAUGCUGUAUGAGAAGCUGGUGACGGCCGUGGAGGAGACCAGCACCUUCGGUCUGGAGUAGCGUCUGGAAACCUGUGGUCCGUUGAGGAGAAUCAGAGAAGAAACAGACGGCGCACCA